UCCUUCAAAAAUUUGAGGGCGCUGCUGUUCGCGUGAUGCGCUGUUCACCCGCACGACUUGUCGACCCAGAUAUUUAUCGAGAACAUUUACCAGCUUUUUACAUGGUUAUGCGAUAACGUCUGCAAAGUAAGAGCGAUGGCUUCUUCAAGUGACAUGGUGGAGAUCAUCCCCAUGGCAACAGAAACUGUUUCAUCAACACAAACACCGAUUCAUGGUUACACUUUUGAAACAGAGGAAGGUACUCCUGUGAAUAUGGCAGAUCUGAAACCAAUUAUAAUGAUGGCCAACAUGGCAACAGUGUCCGAGGAGGUUCAGGUAUCAACCCAGGUUCCACUUAACCAAGAGACUAUUGAAAUGAACUAUUCAGAGGGUGUGCUACGAUCACAUCUAAUGACUAAUACACCAACUUCUGGAGGAAAGCAGGAGACAAGUGAAGUUUACCCUGACACUGAGAGUGGUGUAACUUAUGAAAUUCUAAGAGGAGGUACACAGAAGGGCGCUGAUAAAAUGAUUGACAGCUUAGGAUUUACCUAUACUGUUAAGAAGCAAGGAAGAGGUAACAAGAAUUUGACAUACUGGUGGUGCGCUAUACGUAACACUCAUUUAAGAUGUCCAGCAUCGGUCGUACAGCGUGGUAAUGUGUUCAUUAGAGGGAAGAGAAAGCAUGAACAUCUCGUCGGACAAUCUACACCUAAACCUUCAAUACACGGUGCCGUUAAACGAACACCAGUUGGACGACCUCCAGGCUCUUCAAAGUUGUCAAUGCAGCCAGCUAAAAAAUCUAAUACCAGCACGCCUAACUACAGGAUAAUAAAGGAAGGAUCUAAAGCUGGGAAAGAUCUACUUAAAGAUCGAUUUGGCUACACAUAUACACAGAAAAAGGUAUCCAAGAAUGGUAACCUGGUUACCUGGAGAUGCUCAAUAAGAAACAGCACUUGUUCUUGUCCUGCCCUGGUCAAACAAGUCGGACAAACGUUUAAUCAAACCAAAAUUGAUCACAUACAUUUACCUGGUACAAACAGAAAGCUAGAUGAGCAUGAUGUUUUACCAAAGAUGAGUGACGUGGUUGGAGAUAUGAAUGAUGACUAUGAUGAAUACAGUGAUGACAUGGAUGAGAGUCGAGGUAGCAGCUCAUCUGUAAAUAACUACCAUUCCUACAACAAGAGUACUAAUAGUCAAUAUUCCGGCUUUGGAACUACACCGGUGAAAAAGGUCUCUAGGCAACAGAGGAUGUUUGCCAAAGAAAGCAAGAGGAAAGACCACCCAACAUUCCUUGGACCAAGCUGUACGAUAAAUCUGACCAAAUGUGAUGACUCUGACUGUAACUGUAAGAUGGUACACUGCCCAUUCUGUGACCCGAGUCAUUUUAUACCUGCCAAAGCUGGUAGGGUACAGGACCACCUUGAGCUGACACACUUCGCACAUGGCGUUCAAUAUGAUGAUCUGAUGAUAGUGAAGUGUUUUCAAGACUGUAAUCUAGAGAGAAACUUUGGACACUAUCAUUGUGUGUUCUGUUGUCAACAAAUUCUGAAGAGAAACUCUUACGCCAGGCAUAUGCUGAGACAUAUGAGAAAACUGGGUAUCCCAGAUAGACUGCUUGUAUUACCUGAUUCAAAGUUCCCGGAUGUUAUUAAUGCCUAUGGAUACGAGAUUCCAAUCUGUAAGAAAGUAUCAUGUCAGCUUAAUAGGGAUAAGCACUAUCAUUGUCCGCAGUGUCAGCAGGUUUGUAAGGAGAGAAGUCUGACAGUGAAUCAUCUAUGGAGAUGUUUACAGAGGAAGACUGAGGUAGUUGAACACAACUCGGAUGAUGAUGAAAUGAUAAAUACUGUUGACGAGAAACAGCUUAAUUUACAUUUCUCACAUGUGAAGAGUUUCAAAGAUCUGCCAUUAGAAAGAUGUUCUCUUCAAUUAUGUUGUAAUGGGAUGUACCAUUGUCGACUGUGCCCGCCUUCUCUGUUCCGCCCCUCGUAUAGGCAACACCUUAUUGCUCAUUAUGUGACACACUGGAAACAAAGGGUUCCUUAUAAAGGUUACGCCUUGUUGAAGUGUUUCGAGACAUGUGAGGGAAUAGAUAGACGUUGCUUCAAGACAAAGUUUCAUUUUCACUGCCCAAUAUGCUGUAAGAUUAUACUUACUAAAGGAUCAUUCGAGGAACAUAUUAGAGGCUGUCACAUGUUCAAGUUUGGAGAGAAUCUCAUUGAGGAAAACCCUCAAGAUAUGGACACAAGUAUAGAUGGCGAUGUGUACCUGGUGCAGGAACUUGCCCCUUUACAUGACAAUGUGGAUUACAUGGAAGAAAAGUUAAUAUCACAGGCCAUAGCCUACGAGGAACAGAAACAUUUAGAAAGGAAGCCUAAAGUUCCGUUGUCAAAGAAACGCCCUUACCAGCAUGGGGGAAGGUUUCGAGGAUUGGGCAACAAGGGUGAUGAUAUUAACCGACUUGUGAAACGUAUCAAGGAAGAAAUUACUCAUGCCAUGGAACAGGAAGAGAUCAACCAGUAUGUUGAUGGUGACGAGGAUACUGUAGAUUUUACUGAAGAUAUAUUUGGACUAGACAUUGCAAGUGAUGAGGUUUUUGAUCUUGGUUCAGUUAUUUUCUCGGAGAAAUUUAUUGAUGCUUUGAAAAGUACAACAGUGGUGAAUUCUGUGUUAUCUAAGAUAGCAAGUAUGACGAAUACGAAGGUAUCGGAGGAAGACGGGAGAUAUCUACUGUCUGGCAAGAUAGAUGAUCUUGUUAUGGUGAAAGAACUCAUUGUUAAGAUUAUCAAUGGUGUGGGUGAUUCUGACAGUUCUGAAUCUGAGGAAGAAUCUAGUCCUGUAAAGAAAUCAGCUAAGAAAAAGGGGAAAGCCACAUCUGAGGACUCUGAAAGUGAACCAGUGCAAAAAAUGACCCCAAAGUCUGGGAAGAAGACAAAAGGGGGAAAAGCGACAGGAAAGAAAGAGAAAAAAGUAGUUGAACCAGUCAAGAAAGGCAGAGGUAGACCAAAAAAAACCGAUGACAGUUUUCCAUAUUCAGAAAUAAAGGAAAUUAUUGAAGCUUCCAAGAAAACAGAUGAGGGUGGCAAAAGAGGCAGAGGAAGGCCUUCAAAGAAGUUACCAGCACCUGAAAAAUUGUCUGUAAAAACAAGUGCCAAGAAACCAGUGAAGACCAGUGUGUCACCUAGAACUCCAUCAAGAUAUGGAACUAGAGGAGUAAAAAGAAACUACUUGGAAAUGAGCUCUGGAAAUACUAAAAUUAAACAAGAGGUUGUAAGUGAUGACGAGGAUGAGGAGUCUGAAGAAGUGGAAGACAUUGUUGAAGAGAAAACCAGAAAAGGUAGGGGAAGAAGAAGUGGUAUUAAGGAGGACCAGGAUAUCAGUAUGGAAGAUGAAGAAGAUAACCAGAAAGUUGAGGUUGACAAAACAGGGUAUCUUGAUGAUAGUGAACAAGAAGAGUUAGAUAGAGACUCUGAUAAUGAUGAAGUUGAUGAUGAUAAUGACAAUGAUGGUUAUGAAGACAUUGAAAUUGACAAUGAUGGUAGUGCUAAGGUUUCCUCACCUAAGUCAGAUGAAAAGAUUACUGAGAACUCUGUAAAGAAGUUAAAAACUGCAAAUGUUUCAACAUCAGUACCUUUAAUUUCUAAAGUUGGUAUAAGACAAGUGAACUGUGGAAAACGAAAGGUGAAGAAAGAGGUUGAAGCAGAGCAAGAAAUGGAGAAGAUGGUGAAUACAGUAGAUGUAGAUAGUCUGAAAUGUUCUCUGUGUGAUGAUUAUGCUGCCGUAUCAUUUGCAGAUAUGACCCAACAUUUGAUGACCUUUCACCAUGUAUAUGAGCCACCCAGGUGUGAUGUUUGUGAGUUAGAUAUGGAUACUGAUCAUAGUUUAACUCUACAUAUAGACAGAAAGCAUGGUCCUAAAAAUGAACAAGCUUUCAAAUGUAAUGUUGGAGAUUGUAAAAAAGUGUUUUCAUUGGAGACCAGUCUUCGCUCUCAUGUAAGCACUGUUCACAAGCCUACGAAAAAUGCCUCCAAAGAUAAAAGGCAUUUUUGUAACAAAUGCCAGUAUAAGUCAAAUUCUAUAGAAGACUUGUAUGAACAUAAGAAAGACGCCCAUAAUGAAGAGAUUCGAUGUUGUUACUGUAAGAAGACCUUCAUGUCAUACCAAACUUUGAAAUCUCAUAUUGAACUGAAGCAUUCCGAUGCUACUCCAAAAAGAUGUAAAGUUUGUAGUAAGGAGUUUAGCAGUGAAGUUUACCUGCAGAGACACAUGAAGUUCCAUAACAGAUUAUUUGCAUGUGAACUCUGUGGUAAAACUAUUAGUACAAAAGCAUCAUUAGAGGCUCAUAUGGAGACCCACAAACCAGAGGAGGAACGAAACUAUAAGUUUGUCUGUUCAUAUUGUGGGAAAAAGUUCUUUCUGAAGAACAACUAUGAUGACCAUCUGAACAAGCACACUGGGAACAGACCAUACAGUUGUGACAUAUGCAACAAGAAAUUUGGUUUCCGCAGUAUGUUAAAGAAACACAAAACAUUUGUCCACUCAGCUGAACGACCUUUCAAAUGUGGUUACUGUAUGAAAGGUUUUAAGUUUAUGAACUUACUAAAGAAUCAUGUGACAAUACACACUCACCAAAGUAAGCAUGUUUGCCAGUGUGGUAAGAGUUUCUCUACAGCUCAAACUUUGAAGUUUCACAAGCAGAAAUGUAGAGUGUUCACUGAAAUAACAAAGGUUGAAGGGCAGGAUAGUGUAAUGACAGUAGAGAUUGGAGAUCAGUCUACUGAAAUACAAAAUGUAGUUGUUGGAGACAUUGUAGGAAACACUGUUCUACCUUCAGAGCAAGAAGUUGUAAUGAGUAGUGACAUGGAUCAGACUGGGGCUAACUUAGCAUUUAACAUUACUAACCCUAUACCAGAUGAGGUUGAUGUAGAACCUGCGGCAAGUACAUCAGCAGCAGUAGGUACUACUGUAGAAGUGUAUGCUUGUAGUGAAUGUAGGGCAACAUUUAGAGCUUUCAAAGAUGCCGAGAUGCACGUUCUGACUGCCCAUACACAGGCCUAAAUUUAUAACCGUCACAAAGUAUAAUCAAAUUACCAUCAAAUCAUUAAUUUUUAUAAAAAUAAAAUUCUUGCUUUUUUCCUUUCACCUUGAAAAAAUACUGACACAAGUAAAAAGUUGACUUGAAUAUUAAUAAAGAGAAACACUAGUACAUACUACUGCAUAUAACUUUUAUUACAUUUGGUAAAAAAGAUUACAUUUACUUUGCAUUAAAAAAUACAUAAAUAAUACAAUGUUGGGUAUAAGCUUUCAGUUACUGACUUGAUGUAUAUUUUUAUAUCUUUUUUGAUGUUUGUAUAUGUUGCUUAGAAUGUGAAAUUGUCAAAUUUUCUUUCAUGUUAAUCACUUCAUUAAAGAAUGUUUUUAAUUUUAUUAUGAUAUGUAUUAUUAUUAUUUUAUUUUUUUUGACAUUUGAUACAAGGCCCAAACAUGGUUUGACACCAUAAUAGGUGUACGGGUGGGUGGGGGGGGGGGCAUUGUCAUCUUUGCUUGGUGUUUUAAACUUGAUAUUGUCAUACAGUGAAACUCUCCAAUUCAAUGCUAAGAUAUUCUUUUGAUAUUUUCUCAUUGAAACAGUUGCACAACUUGUUUGAGAGUUUUGGCAUUCCUUUAUCCAUUUACUCUGACCUUUUAAUUGAAUAAUAAUAGAUUAAACGACAAACAUUGUUAACACAAAUGUGGUGAAAUUGUUAUCUGAUAUUCAGAAUAAGACAGGUCUGUGAUCUAUACAUUAAUGUUUGACUUUUCUUAGUUUCAUAAUUUUCAUAUACAUGUAUUUCUAUUUUGAAGCAACAUGCCUUAACAGACAAGUUAAGAAAAUUUUGAAGAAAAAAAUAGAAUACAAAAAUAAAUAAAUACAGUCUUACCUCUGUGGGAGAAAGAAUGAUUUUGGUUGCUACUGAGAUGUGUUACUCAAGAGAUGUUCAAUUUAAACUUUUGUGAUCUUACUUUGGGAAUAAUGAUACUUGUUGUUGUAAAGAGGUGAUUGGUCUACAGAGGGUCACUGUACAGAGGUUGUACUGUAUUGUAUAUUCAUAACUCUAAUUGAAUUAAUGGCUAAAUUAACUAUUAAUGCACCAUUUUUCUAUACAGUUGGUGACUUGUGGUAUAUUAUGCAAAUUUUUAACACACUUAUCUGUGAAUUGUUAGUCUAUUUGUACACUACAAUGUGUUCACUA